AUGUCUAUCAUACCACAUGUUAUAAAUAGUAUUUUAAAUGAUCCAUCAAAUCAUGCCACCUUAGCAACAAUUAAAGGUUUAAGACAAGGUAUUGUUUAUGGAGCUAAAGUACGUUUUGCUCAUUCAGUUGUUCAAGCAAUAUUAUUUCGUCGUGAACCAUUACCACAAAGAAUACGUUUUAUUCUUCGUAUGACAUAUUUACAUGCAAAACAUUUAGGUUUAUUUGUAUUUUGUUAUAAAACACUUCGAACAAUAGUUGCUUCUGUUUUUGGUAUAUCAAAACCAUGGCGUGCGUUUAUUUGUGCAUUUAUUGUUGGUUAUGUUAUUUUUAAUGAACAUAAUAGUGUUAAUGAACAAAUCAUACUUUAUUUACUUGCACGAAUUGUUGUUGGUUUUGCACGUUAUGCACAAAAACGUUCAUGGUUACCAAAAAUUCAACGACCAAUAUUUCCAUGGUUUGCAGCAUUCGUUUGGGCUGUUGUUCUUUGGUUAUAUGAAUGUCAUCGAGAAACAUUACAACCAUCAUUAACGCGUUCAAUGGUUUAUUUAUACGAAAAUUCUGAGCGAUGGUCUUCAUGGAAAAAUUUUCUUUUUCGUGAUUAUUCAUCAUAG